AUGUCGUUGAAGAUCGCCACUUCCAUAGGGAUUUUUGUGUCCUUGACUACCUUAUUAUGCUGUCUGUAUGCGAUGUCGGCGAUUCAUGACGAAAUCCAAUCCACUUGGAGGAUUUUGGACGUCGAAUUGGACCAGUUCAAACUUCAGGCCGACGAUUUGUGGAAUGAGAUGUUGAAAAUGGGUGCCGCAACUCCCACAACUCGUCAACGGCGUCAAAGUUAUGGUGGGUAUGGCGCCUCGGGCACUAAUACGGGCUAUGGUGGCUAUGGGACCGCUCCGGGAGGGCCUGGCUCCUCUGGACCGGGCCUGAAAGGCAAUGGACCCUCCGGAAAUGGCCCUCAACAUCCAUCCAACUUCCCAAGUCAGCCAGCGGCGCCAAAAUCGCCAUGUCAAUGUGCCGCGGAGAAUAAAUGCCCUGCAGGUCCGGCUGGACCUCCAGGAGAGGCUGGACCCAAUGGUCUUCCCGGAAUCCCAGGGAAAGAUGGACUUCCUGGUUUGGACAACACCGACAUCUCAAAUCAACCGGCUCAGGGCUGCUUCAACUGCCCUGCCGGCCGUCCCGGCACGCCCGGCUCGGCCGGACGGCCCGGCCCUCGAGGAAUGCGUGGGCCAAAAGGAAAUCCUGGAAUGCCGGGCCGAGACGGAUUCCCCGGCCUCGCCGGCGACCAAGGACCUCAAGGAGUUCCGGGAGAGGACGGAAAAGCCGGGACGAAUGGCCAGCCCGGCACGGAUGCGGAACGGCCGAUCCCAAGAAAAGGCCCUAAGGGUCCGAGCGGCCCACAAGGACCCGAAGGACCGCAAGGCGAUGAGGGCGACUCGGCGUUGGAAGGCCCGCCUGGCGCGAAGGGCGCUCCAGGAAGCGCUGGGCCUGUGGGCGCCGCCGGCUUGGAUGGGGAAGAGGGACCGGCGGGACCAGCGGGAGCACCCGGAAAGGACGCUGAAUAUUGCCCUUGCCCUGAUCGUGAUGGCAAUGGGAACAAAGUGAGUGGAGGUGUUGCGGCAAGAGGCGGACAAGGAAGAAAUGAUGGAGGAUAUCGACGAAGAUGGUAG